AUUUUCAUUUCCAACGAAAAUUUGUGGGACGCGAUUUGAAGCGGCCUCCUAAUAAACAGUCUCAGGAAAACCGUCAAACGUGCGUUUACAAACCCCAGCAGAAAAGGGAAUGGGGAAGAAGAAGAAAAGAGCAGAAACAGAUGCUGAUGCUGAUGCAGAAGCAGAAGCAGAGAGAAAAGUCCUCGAGGUCGAUGAGUUCAUUAAUGGCGAUUCUCAUAGGAAGAUGAAGAAGAAAAAGAAGAAGAAGGAAAUAAAUGAGACUGAGAAAGAAGAGAACGAAGCGAAUGGGAAACGUACAGUAAGCAUAGCCGUCCCCGGUUCCAUUAUCGACAACGCUCAAUCUCUUGAACUCGCUACUCGAUUGGCUGGUCAGAUUGCUCGUGCCGCGACCAUAUUUCGAAUCGAUGAGGUUGUGGUGUUUGACAAUAAGAGUAGUUUAGUGAUUGAGGAUCCCACUGUGAACACUGUCAAUAACUCUGGUGAGAAUGAAAGUGGUGCGCCUUUUCUCAUAAGGAUCUUGCGGUAUCUCGAGACUCCACAGUAUUUAAGGAAAGCUCUCUUCCCGAGGCAUAAUAGCCUGAGAUUUGUGGGUUUGUUGCCUCCGCUUGAUGCACCACAUCAUUUGCGCAAGCAUGAGUGGGCUCCAUAUCGGGAGGGUGUCACAUCAAAUGAAAAAGCUCCAAACUCUAAGGAAACGCUGGUUGACGUGGGUUUGAGUAAGAAUGUUGUUGUUGAUCAAGCUCUUGAACCUGGCAUUAGAGUAACUGUGGCAAUGGGAAGCAACCGCAAUUUGGAUGGUGAUAUACCACAUGAGGUUGUAUCAUUGUCCAAACCUAAGGAAGAAUCAGGAAUGUAUUGGGGCUAUAGAGUGCGGUAUGCUUCAAAUAUCAGCUCGGUGUUCAAUGAUUGUCCGUACAAGGGUGGCUAUGAUUAUUUAAUCGGUACCUCAGAACAUGGUCAGAUUAUAAACUCAUCACAGCUUUCUUUGCCAACUUUCAGGCAUUUGUUGAUUGCAUUUGGUGGGCUCGCUGGGUUGGAAGAAAGUAUUGAAGAAGACAGCAACUUAAAGGGUAAAAAUGUUCAAGAGGUUUUUGAUUCAUACUUGAAUACCUGUCCCCAUCAAGGAAGUAGAACAAUUCGAACUGAGGAAGCAAUUUUCAUAUCACUUCAAUAUUUCCAAGAACCGAUUAGCCGAGCAUUGCAAAGAAUUCAAUGUUAAUGUUAGUCUGCAGUUGGCUACAUGUAAUGGCUAUUUUAGCCUUGAUAUUUGGCGUCUUUCACGAGUCACAAUUCGCAUUUGGAGUCUUGGCCUACUUUAGCUGAAAGUUCGCAAGUUUUGCAAGGGGUUUUUUAAUAAUAUUUUAUGUGUUUUACCGAUGGAUGUGUCAAAUUAUCUGUGGUUAUCUGUUCUUUUAUAUCUAAAACAUGCCGGAUAAGACUGUCCGUCUUGUACGAAAUCAGAGUCACGGGUAACGUGAGACGCAGUACCAAAUUGUGUACCCUGCCUACUGCUGUCUUAUCUGCCUUUCACUCGUUUCCACGGUGUGAAAUUCCUGAUUUCGAUUUAAAUCGAAAUAAAUUGAAUUAAUUUAAUUUAAUUAA